AUGACGGGACGACGAGGACUUUCAUCGGUCAACCUGACGUUCCUUGGUACAGCUUCCGCGCAACCGUCUUUAACCCGAAAUCACUCUGCACUUGCUCUUCGAUUGAAUAGCGAUGUCUGGUUGUUCGAUUGUGGUGAAGCUACGCAACACCAAGUCCAAAGAUCCAAGGUGAAGAUGGGUAAAAUUGAAAAGAUCUUUAUCACACAUACCCAUGGGGAUCAUAUAUUUGGUCUACUGCCCCUCUUGGCAAUUGAUAGAAUAGAGGAUCCUCGUACACAUAUGAUCCAGAACUCAUCAGUUCCCAUCGAAAUUUACGGGCCCUUUGGAACCAGGGCAUAUGUCCGCAAUGGCCUCAAGUAUACACAUACCCUGUUGGGCGCGCCCUAUGUCAUGGAGACCAUACCUCCCUUACCCUUCAUGCAUCCUGAAUCUCUAAACGGCCGUAACAUUCCACAAACAAACGGUGUUUGGUCAGACGUGUAUCGCGACUCCAUUGUUUCAGUUUCUGCGGCUCCCAUCCUACACUCCGUACCGUGCAUUGGUUAUGUUGUGACAGAGGCACCUGUACCUGGCAAAAUGGAUCCUGCGAAGUACAUACCACAUCUCAAGCGUACCAAGACCCCGAUGUCCGUCAUGAACCGCCUUCAACAGGGCGAGAGCAUCGAACUCUCGGAUGGCACAGUGUUACAAGGCCCUCUCAAGAGGCCCGGGCGCAAGCUCGUCAUUCUUGGAGACACAUACGACCCAUCACCAAUAGCAGAAUUAGCUUCAUCUGCGGACUUGCUGAUACACGAAGCAACAAAUGCCCAUUUGCCAGCCUUGGACCCACAUACCAAAGCCGAAGACACAUUUGAAAGUGUUGAGGCACGCACAAAAUCCAGAGGGCACUCUACUCCCCAGAUGGCUGGUGCUUUUGCAGCAAGGAUCGGAACGAGGCAAUUGGUGCUUAAUCAUUUCUCAGCCAGAUAUCCAGGGAAUGACGAUGUCGAUCCAACGGCAAAGACGAUCAUGGAGGACAUUGCACGUUUAGCUGGGGAGCAUUAUAGCGGGAAAAUUAUAUGUGCGAGGGACUUUAUGAGUUUUGACGUGGAUGUACCACAAGAACAUGCAUGA